UUUCAAUCUGAUAUAUAUAUAAAUAAGUGUCGUAUGUUGCAAGGGGCGCCAGUUCGGGGCUACUAUACGGUAGCGGCGGCUUGUUCUGAAGCUUGAGACGACAAGCAACGGAGCUCUCAGGCAAUCAAUCCACCAUGGCCAUUUAUUGAUGUGUCCGAAACGGCUCCUAUCACUUCCACUUUAAUUUCUCCAACAGUACUCCGUACUCGUACGGAGUAGCUUUUCCAUACCUGUUCUUUCCUUCUCCAUCUCCAUCGUCGUUUCUCGCAGAGACAAAGCUGUCCUCUACUCUGAUCCCUAUCUCCUCCAACAACGAAUUGGCCGCGUUAUUGAGGAAUCUCGCCCGGUUGCACAGGCACGCUGCUGACGGAUCCAUUCCCCGAAACACUGUUUUCUUCAACUGGCAGAGGCAGAAAGGCGUGGCAGGUCGAUCUGACCGCCAGGCCGAGAAGAUGGAUGCGCCCGAUCCCAAGUCCGAGAAGGUUGAGAAGUCCUAUCUGUCCGCUGCCGUGGAAUCAAUCAGUCCAUGGGGGGUCAGCUCACGAUCCUCAACCCCCAAGCCAGUGGCACCGGCCGGUCCAGGUGAGGGCUCGGGACUGAAGAACCAAUAUGGAGGAAAUAGUACACCACAGCCAUGGCAUGGAUUGAGGCCGAAAGACUACCCACUGGAUUGUGAGCAGCAUUAGGAGCGAAAGGCAACGUUUUACUGACAUGGGCCAGGUCCUCCUCCCAAUCCAAGGUGGUUCUAUGCUGUUGAUGUAUGUUUGACCUCUCAUAUGUCUCUUUUUCAUGUCUGCCGAGCUUUUGCUAACUACCACGAAAAUCUACAGGUCCCCAAAAGGAAGCCAAAGUUAUUGAAAGACAAAGUUGAAGACACGAAACCUGCACCACCACCCAAAAAGUUCGUUGCAUUCUCAGGACACGAUUCUCGCGCAAUAGAAGUGGCAUAUCAGAAGCUUGCGGAUGAUUACCACAGCGGUAGGAAAGAUGUUGGUCGCGAAGUUCAAGAUAUAACUAGCGGGAGCCAACACGUAGGCAAAAAUUCAAAGGGAGGGGUUACCAAUACAAGCCAGGAGGAGCACCAAGGCAUCAGAAUACCUGUCCACGAGGAUUAUCUUUUCGACGUGGAUAUUGAGCGAAGGGAGCUAUCACCAGUCUACUGGCUAGGGCCAAUAUUUCAUAUCACCAGAGGCAGCUGGUUCUACGAUGAUGGAAGGCCGUGUGACGAGAAUUUAUCAUCCCAGUUAGAGCAAGGAUAUCUAAAGAUAAAACCAUUUCGAUAUCCUCCACCUCCAUCAAAACAACGACCCACGGCUACCAAGCCCGUCGAAGAACCAAAAUCUCUUGCCACGUCGGGGGCCUUUGGGCGUGACCGGUCGGGUUCUGCUGAUGGGACCCCUAGAGAUUCUCUCGAUGGUACUCGAAGCCCAAUGGCGCAGGAAUUCGACGACAGCUCCAAGGAUUCAUCCUCCACUCAGCAACCGCAGAAAACGUAUCGUCUUUUUGGAACAUAUAUGAAUUCUGUCGUAACAUACCAGGAUUCUACUGUCGCUUGUAUGUGCUACUGUAAAACCAUAUUGAAAAUAAUAGAACAUUUCUUGAGCGUUGCUAACUUCAUCAUCCUACAGGGCUGUCUGUUGACAGCAUUAUGGCAAGAAUGAGUAGUACCGUAUAUCAAAAAUUUGCGGGUGGUGGAUAUCUUGGUGGUGUAAAGCUUAUUAGAGGUUAUUCGGAAUCCCGCAAAACGAAAGACCCAAAUGCUGCGGAUAAACCCCAAACUCCAUCUACGCCCACCUCUACGGCAAACCCCGAUUCUUCUAAGAUUCCUGGCUUACAGCUCGAUGAGAGACAGCAACUGCUUCUUAAAAGAAAGUCCACUCCAGUCAGUGCUACUGGAAGCCCAGAUCACAAAGGAAGCAUAGAAGCUGCUGCCGAAGAGGCGGCCUCAAUGUUAAGAGAUACACGAGAUCGUGAUGCCGAAUCAGAGUCUGUUCGAAAACGUGACGAGUCUAUGAUGCAAAACGAUUACAAUGGCAGAGAUGAAGAGAACCAAGGGCGACCCAUCGAACAUUUGAUUUUAGUCACUCAUGGAAUUGGGCAACGACUUGGGAUGAGGUUCGUAAGAUUAUCCGUAUUCUUGAUUGUGCUAACUGAAAAACAGAACUGAGUCUGUCAAUUUCAUUGGAGAUUGUAAUUCUCUGCGAAAAACGUUCAAGAAUGUUUACAGCGGGUCUGCUGAUUUGCAAGCCUUGAAUUCUGAGAUCGACAAACUACCGAAGAAGAAUUGCAGAAUCCAAGUAUUGCCUGUUUGCUGGAGACAUCUUCUUGACUUUCCCAAGAAGAGCAAAACAAAAAAGGAACAGGAUCUUGGAGAUGCCGAUAAUGCAGAAGACGAAUAUCCCAGUCUUGAGGAUAUCACCAUUGAAGGAGGUUUGUAGUACUCGUUUCGUCCCAUUUUCGCCGCUAAUAGUUCUUAGUACCCUUUGUACGAAGUCUGAUCACAGAUCUUGCACUCGAUAUCCUACUAUAUCAAAGUGCUUAUCGAGAACACAUUAUGGUUUCGGUGUUGAACGAAUGCAACAGGAUAUUCGCACUGUUCAAGGAACGAAAUCCCGAAUUCAAAGGCAAGGUCCACUUGGUAGGUCAUUCAUUAGGAUCUGCAAUCAUGUACGAUUUACUAUGUCGACAAAAGGAAACGCCUUUUAAAUCGAGAUCUCACCAGAGGCGUGACAAGUACCCUUCACCUAAUGUCGCUCAAGCUCAGCAGAAUCAUAUGGGUUUCGACUUUGAGGUGGAUGACUUUUACUGUCUUGGCUCACCGAUAGGUCUCUUUCAGGUACGUGGUUUAGCGCUUACUGUUCUCCUUCUCCAUUCAGCGGAUCCCAAAAUAUCAGGUGCUGCCAGGAAAAUUUUCACUCUUUUCUAUAUACGCUACUUUCCCUCCAAGGCCAAGUAAACGGUGACACGUACAUUGUACCUUCAUGAGAGAGCAUGCUGGGAUAAUUAUAUUUCACCAUAUGAAAUUGCUCAAUUGGCGUAAACUUUUAACUUUUGGCUUUCUUGAAUCAUUAUUCUAACGCAUUUCUCCAUGAUCAGAUGCUCAAAGGACGAACAAUAAUGGCAAGACGUAGCCGUGAUAGUCCUAUGGCUUCAGAAUCGCCCAUGGAUCCCGAUUAUAUGCAAGAUCCUUUCCUAGCUGCUGGUAGUGCAGCUGGCUUCUCAAAUGGGGAUAGCAUAUCCGCCAUUACUGGUCUUCCACUCACAAUCUCAUCGCCGAAAGUUGGUCAAUUAUACAACAUUUUCCAUCCUUCUGAUCCGAUAGCUUAUCGUCUGGAGCCCCUGAUCGCACCAUCCAUGUCAUCUAUGAAGCCUCAAUUACUACCCUACACAAGAAAUACUUUGUCAGCUUCUGUGAGCGGCAUUGGUGCUAAGGUCGGACAGAGCUUCAGCGGUCUAUGGUCGAGCUUGAGCUCCGGUAUUGCAAGCAGCCUUCUCAAUCGCAGUCUGGGACUUACUAAUGAUGAUGUCGCUCGAAUGGAAGCCGGCCCUCAAAGUAGAAGUGUGUCUCAAACAGUCGGGGCCGGCACUAAUAUUUCAGGCGGCGGCGUGGUUUCUCCACCAACAUUACAGAGAGAGAACACGAUUGAGAAGAAAAUGCAAUUGGCCAAGGAGACUGCAGAGGCGGAUCGAGAUGGCAGCGGUGCUAAUGCUCCAACGUUGAUUGACGAUGAUAUGGAGACACUAUAUGCGAACUUUCAAAAGUCGGCCAAGACCCGUCAUGCUGAGCUUGGCUCAGAACGAGAGUGGGUGGAGGCUGAGGAGAAGGGCAAGAAAUUGAAGAAGGAUGAGAUGAAAGUCCGAGCACUGAAUUCGAAUGGAAGAGUAGAUUACUCUCUUCAAGAGUGAGCCUUCCUUUAUGAUACAUCACAUAUUGUGUUAUUGGUACUAAUUGGUUACAGGAGUGUUCUCGAUUUCAAUCCUAUGAAGUUUGUUCACCCUCCCGUCUCAGCUCCAUAAAUCUAAAAUACAUGCUAACUACGUUUGACAGUACAAUCGCGAGUCAUUUGAGUUACUGGGCAGAUGAAGAUGUCAGUCACUUCAUCAUGUCGCAAUUACUCUCGAGAAAUCGCCCUUCUGGGCGUGCUGAUGAGAAGACUAAGAGAUAAGAAAAGUGUUGAAAAGAUUUGUGCCGCGCAUUUCGGAACGGGGGUUGAAAAAGCUUCUUUUCUUCUCUUUUUUUUUGUUCUAGAUUUUUAGAUCUUGCG